CGUUCUAGUGUAUAAUUUCUUAGAAUUCAUUGAAUAUAGUGAGUUAAAGUAGUAGACUAUUUCAUUUAUAAAUAGAAGAAAGAAAAUACUAAAAGUAAAAUUAGUGGGGUCAUAUAGAUCACAAAAUUGGGGGAGAAGAGAAUGAUAUAUUCAUAACCCCCAAAAACACUAGCAUAAAAGAAAGUGCUUGGAAACAAACUUAUAGGAGUACAUAAGACUAAAAACCCAAAUUUAAGAGAAGAAUUAUGUCCAAGAGUAGUGAGAUGAAGAAUGAGGAGGUCCUAAAUUCACCCUUUAGUAGGGUUUAUCUAUGCCCUGAAACUGACCAAGUAAUUAACUGUGCAAUGGGUUUAAAGCACCCAAUUGAUGUAGAAGCCCUUAAGAAAGCAUUUUCAAAUUCAAUCAUUCUUAAUCACCCAAGAUUUUGUAGCCUUAUUGUCCAAAACCCUAAUGGGACCCACCAAUGGAAAAGAACCCAUGUCAAUAUUGAUGAUCAUUUCAUCAUCUACAACACCACACCUGAAACAAAAUCAAGAGAUGAUAAGGAAGACGAAGAAUCGGCUGUAAAUGCUUACUUAGCUGAUAUGGCAGUGUCAAGUCCACUUAGCAAAAACAAGCCAUUAUGGGAAGUUCAUGUUUUAUUAGGGUUAAAAUGUAUUGUGUUAAGAGUUCAUCAUGCUUUAGGAGAUGGGGUUUCUUUGAUGUCAAUGCUUUCUACUUGUUUUGGUCAAAAGAAAAUGAAUGGUGUUGAUGGUGGAAAAGAUGUUAAAAAUGAAGACUGUGAAAAGAGGAAAUGGAAAGGAGGACUAUGGGGAAUAAUGAAGAGUUUAUGGUUUACAAUUGUAUUUGGGUUAAGAUUAUUAGGGAGAGUUUUAUGGGUAAAAGAUGAAUUUACAAUUGUAAGUGGGGGUGAUGGUGUAGAGCUUUGGCCUAGAAAAUUGGUCACUGCUAAGUUUAACAUCCGAGACUUGAAAUCUAUUAAAACUGUCAUUCCUAAUGCUACUGUGAAUGAUGUUAUAAUGGGAAUUAUCUGUUCUGGGCUAUCCAUCUUCAUAGAUGCCAAAUCAGCACAAGAUCUGAAGCAAAGAAUUCACCUUACGUCCAUUUUAGUAGUUAAUUUACGUCAAAAUCCUUUCCUGCAAAUACAGGAAAAUAUUUCAUCAUAUUCGAAGAAAGAAAGCUCCAGUUGUGGAUUCUCAUUAUGGGGAAACAAAUUUGGCUUGGUACUGUUGCCAGCAUAUUGCUGUUGUGGGCUAAGUUCUUUAGAUCAAGUGAGGACAAUCAAGGCAAUUAUGGACAAAAAGAAACUUUCAUAUGAAGCUCAUAUCAUCUACUCAUCUCUUCAAUUAUUGACUUCCUUUUUAGGCCCAAAGCAUUUCAUUAGAAGGCGAGGAUGAUGAUUUUUCUCCAUGCAUCGAGUCACCUCAGAUUGAACCACCGUCGGAUCAUAUUCGGAUUCAGCCAAUACAUUGAAUUGGGCAAUAUUUGGAGUAAUUUUUUCAGAUUGGAAUCACGUAGCUGAAGCUAGUUCGAAAACGUUCUACGGGUCAUCUAAUCCUUUAGAUAGUGCAUCAAACCGAACUUCAACAAUGAGACUGAAUUUUUUGGUCAGUUGAAGUUGGUUUGGAAACGUUCUAUGGAUCUAAUAACCCUUUAGAAGGUGCAUCAAACCAAAUUUGGGUCCGACUUUAUGAUAAUACGUCAUGACAAUUACUCAACCGGGUCUUCGAUGAUUCGGAUGUAGCAUAACUCGGCUACUUUCAAUACUUAGACAAUUUUGCGAAAUUAUUGGAGGCCCUUGGGGGGGUCCGAGUUUUUAAUAUUUCGGACAAAUUGAUGAUACGGCAAAAGACAAAACUUGUAUAAUAACCUUAGACAAGAGAAUCCGGCUAUUCGAUGGUACAGAAUGACUCAUCGCAUUCGAAUCGCUUAUGAUAUAUAGCUUAUUAAUUAGACGGUCACGUAGCUGGAGUUGACAAAAAAUGGUGAAAUUAAAGAGCUGGAUAUAAUAUAUCACAUAAUUAGACGGUCACACACGAGUGGGAACCUUCUUUUCCUCAUAGCAAAAUGAUCUUCAAAUCAAAUCUUCAUCAUUAACAAAUAAUUUCCGAAUCCUCAAAAAUAAUGGGUGCCGAGAAAAAUUCAGGAAAUAUUCACGUACGACACAGUAAAGAUAAGAUGAUGGUCCUUUAGACCGAAACCACUUAGUUGAAGCUAGUUUGGAAACGUUCUAUGGGUCAUCUAAUCCUUUAGAAUGUGCAUCAAACCGAACUUCAACAUUAAGACUGGAAUUUUUAGUCAAUUGAAGUUGGUUUGGAAACGUUCUACGGAUCUAAUAACCCUUUAGAAGGUGCAUCAAACCGAACUCAACAUUGAAACGGUAUACAUUGAUGAAUAAGAGCAAUAAGAUCCCACUUUAUAUCCUUCAAUAAUGACAAACACAUGAAAUGAUUUGGCCCAAAUAUUCUCGAUUUGACCGGUAAAAAUUUGAUUUAUUCCCACUCGUGAUUUCAUGGACUAAAUAGAGUCCGAACGAGCCAUCAAAAAUAUAUGCAUUUUUUGAUUGAUAAAAAUAUACGAAUGAUCCAAAAAAUAUCAAUACCGCUAAUGACUCAAUAAUUAGGCUCACAUACCCUACAUUUGAUUCAUAUCGUUGGGUGGUUGAUUUUUUAUGAAGUGAAUCUUGUAAGAGAACCCACUAAACCGUUGCCAAGAGCCAAAGGAGGAGUAAUUUGUUGAAGUAUAAAUCUAAUCAAGUAAACAUCAUUAUCAUCAUUAGCAACCUUCCCCAUCAAAGAACUGGUUAUGAAAAGCCGACGAAGGCUAGGAUAAAAGGGCUGCAUCAGCUUAUCCUCUUGCUGGUUUUGAGAGACCCAAAGCACUCAUAGAUAUUUCAAAAGCUUUCCCUUCUUCUUUCGUGCAAUAAUUGAUGCGAGAUAAGCAACUGGCUUCAUUAAAUAGAAAUGUUCAACAGCUUACGGCCACCGCUCGUAAUGUUUACAAUCUCAAUACUAUGAUUCAAUCUCGACAGUAUUUAAUCGGAAAGCAGUUAUUUUCAAUAAAAUUGAUUAUUUCCCACAGGAAAACCACUGAAUGAUUAAAAACCGCCCAAAAAAAAAAAACCGUAAAACAUAAUCUAAUUCUCAAAACAAUCUGGUAAGAUUUGAAGAUGGAAUACACCAUAGAGGUUAAAGAACUAAGCCAAGAACAGAAACUUAGAAAGGAAAACUAACUUUAUAUCUUCUGUAAAGUAUUGUAUAUUACAUUACAAAGAAUAGAGAAAAACAUAAUAUAUAUAGGAUAGAAGAUAACUAAUCGUAAAGACAUUAGCUAUAUCCAUCCAGCAGCUCACUUGACCAAGUAAAACUAAAGUAAGGAUUCACGUGGGAUUAUUUAACAAAUGUGUUGUUCUUGAUUAGAGGAAGGAUACUUUGUCCCAAUCUAACCGCUGAUAAUCAUGAAAAAGGCAUGAUACUCAUCGAAAAACUUUAGUAUAACUGAAUUUGAGCAGAAGGAGAUCAACUUACUGACUAUUAUCAAGAUAGAAGUUGUGGUUCAAUCAAUUUAUAUAUGUAAUCUUCUUUAUCUCUGUACCAGUCUGACCAAAUGAAAUGCAGUCAUACAAAUAAUUCGUGAAUUACGGUUUUUUUUAUUUUUUAGGGGAGACACGACUUUUAUGUUUGUAAUCCCUACAGACGGCGCCAAACUGUUUCAGUCAUGAAACGAGGAAGUACAAAAGACAUUUAAAUACCUGGAUAAAAGGUGUGGUCGGGGAUAACUGUCAGUAUACUGAAAAUGUUUAUGAUCCUUCCGCUGAUGAGACCUCAAAUCCUGCAAUACAACGUUAGCCUUGUCCGGGGGUGAUUUCCCGGAAAACCCCUCCGACGCUCAAGUCAGAUCGGGAGACAGAAAGUAAUGAAUAUAUGAUAAUGAAUGAAUACAAGAUUAACGGAUUGUAGGAUGAGUUCAGAUCAAUUGAAGGAAUAUUUGGUUCAGUAUAGAUUGUACGUAGGAGGGUGAAUAUUAUUGUGGUGUAACGAUAGCAAUAUAAAAGCUUAGUUCGGUGCAAAUGAUGUACGCGACAUGUAUUUAUAAUGGUAGAAUGGAGGUUAAAUGGUGAAUAAAUGUGGGAAUCAUGGGGAUGAUGGGUGAGUGGUAGAUUAUGGUGAGUAAUGGGUAGUUAUUUUAAGAAGUUAUCUAGUUGGGUGGUUAGGGUUUGACUAAAUAAAUUACGGGUUUAUUUAUUUGACCCCAUAACAGAACUUAUGUGCAUGCAGAACAUAUCUGGCUAUUUUGGGAAGAUGAAAUUGGCAAGAAAGAGGGAACCUCACCUUUAAAACUUUUUAGGGUUUGUCAAGAGUUUGGGAAAGAUGAAAAUGGCAUGAAAAUGGCAAGAAAGAGAGAACCUCACCUUCGAAAGUUUUUAGGGUUCGUCAAGAGCUUGGGGAAGAUGAAAAUGGCCUGAAAAUGGCAAGAAAGAGAGAACUUCAACUUCAAAAGAAUCCAAUCAACAUAAACUAGUUAUUAAUGAAGGGGUUUUAAUGGUGGUGGUGGUGUUGAGAUGGAGGAAUGGCGGUGAUUGAGGAGGGGUAGAGAGAGGUCGGGAAAAAAGGGUUUAAUUGGGAGUUAUUAGGUAAUUUAAAAGCUGUUGUUUUUUUUAAAAAAACUUCGAGACUGUUUAUUCUAAAAAGAUUAAAUUUCAAAGUUCAUCAUCAUCAUCCUACCCAGUGUAUCUUACUCAUAGAAAAACUAUGGACAGGGUCUGGGAAGGGAAAGACGACAGCAACUUAUACCCAUAAAGAAGAGCGCGGCCAAAGGAGUCACCCGACUCAAGAAAGAUAAAAAGACGUAACUACACGGGAAAGAUAAAUAAACGGUUGUUAAAAAACUUCAAAGCUGUUGUCAGUAAUUAAUCCCAAAUUAAAUAAACCUGUUGUUAAGAAAAUUCACCAGAGUAGCCUCUACACUAUGUUUGGAUUUAGAAAUUUAAAAGAAAUAAAAGGUGAGGAUUUAGAGGGAUGAAUGUUUUUCUUGUUUGGAUAAUAAUGUGAGGGAAUGAGAGGGGAUUUAAAAGGAAGGAAUUUGAAGGAAAUUUAGUCUUUUAUUUUUGUUAAUAGUUAAAUAUUUUAAAUUUUGAAAAGAUUGGAAAUGAAAAGGGUCUAUUUACUCACAAAUUAAUUUAAAUGACUUUUAUUAUCACCAUUUUGUUUUUUCUAAUUUGUAUGAAAGUAUGUCAUCUCCUUUCUUGAAUGUUAAGUAUAAAAAUUUUAUCUUCAUUCUUCCCUAUUUCCUCUGUCUUUCUUCUAUUUCUCACUAAACAAACAAAUAAAUUAUUUUCUUCUAUUUUCCUUCCUUCUCUUUUCUUUCCAUCCUAAUGAUCUAACCAAAAUUUUAAAUUAGAGGUCGAGUAGAAAUUAUUUACCAGUGUCGGUUAUUAGGCUAUCCGGGAUAACCGACCGCCUGCUAGGGCCCCCAGAAAUAAGAGGCCUCAAAUAUUAAAUGGUAUUAUUCAGACCCGAUUUUGAGCAACACUUUUUAAGUAAAUUUGUAAACUUUUUUUAUAUUUUAAAUAAUAUAAUGUUACAAUACAGUUUGUCUUAAAUUAUUUUUCUAUCGUGCAAAUUUCAUGGAUUAUCUUUAUCGAAUAUUAUUUAAUAUUAUUUAAUCAACUUUAACAUGUUAGAACGUAGUUGGAGAAACAAUAUAUGCGUAUAGUUGCCGCCCACUUAGUAAUCGGUGCUUAAAAAAAUAAAAAUGAUUUGUAAUAUAAAUUUUCAUAAGAUGUAUCAUUUUAUUCAUACAGUAAUGAAAGUUUAAAUAUAAAAAUGUUUAUUAGUUUAUAAUUUUUCAUUACCAACUAAUAAUACAUUUUUAAAUGGUAAUGCAUUGUAGUGAAUUUCGAAAAGAAAAUAAGGUUUUAAAGGAAAGUAAGCAUGCAUGACCAUUAAAUUUGUCAAGAAAUAUUCAUUUUAAAAUUAUACUGACUUUCCAUUACCAUAUCACCUUUCUAUUAUCCAAUGAGCCAUUAAGGUUUUAAUAUUAUAACAUACUUUGUGUUUUGUGGUCAUAUUAUAUUCACAUUUUAGCGAUGGAAUAUCAUAAAGGAAUGAAUAUAUAACACUACAGGUAUAUUAAUACGAAGUAUGAUUGUUUUACUUUUGGGUUUUAUAUAA